CCCCCUGGCUCAGCCCCUCCCCCACUCUCCUGACCCACAGGGGGAGGGGCAGCCCUUCCCUCCUUCUCAUUCAGCCUCUCCCCUCCCAACCUCCCUGUUUGCAGAUUGAAAACCACGUCCUUCUCUCCCCGCAAACCCAGGUCACCCCCAGAUAUGAUGCCCCCCCGCAGCCAUCUCGCCCCCUGCUGUGGGGAGGAGGAAGGAGGGGGGCCAGGCCCCCAUGGAGCCCCCAGAGGCAGCGCCGUCCCGUCCGCUUCCCAUCCCAACACAGGGAGAGGCUGCUCUAUGGACGUAGCUCUAGGGGCAAGCGCAUCCCAAAAGGAACCGGAAGUGUUGUAGCUAAAUGUGCCGGAAGUUUCCAGGAAAGGGGAGGAGGGGCGUCAGUGGAGAAACCCCCCCCCCAGCCCUUUCUAUUGCAGACAAGGAAAGCGGAGUAAUCUGGAGCCAGGGAGGCGGAGGACCAAGAGGUAAAAAGGGAGAGAGGGGGGGAAAUAGAGGGGGGGAUAAGAAGGGGGGAGGAGAAAGAGACCCCCCCAAGGAAAGCGCCCUCCCUGGGGCCCGUCGACAGGGGCCCCGAUCCAGGCGACCCAGGUGGGAAGGUGGGACCAAACAGCUGCAGGGCUGGCCUUGCAAGAUCUACUGGGCAGCAGCAGCACCGCCAGACCCCCGUUCUCUUUCCUGGGGGGCCGAGAGAUGCUCAGCUGCCCUGCCCCCCCUGGAGGCCUUGGCGGGAAGGGGAACGAGGACCCCAAGCAGGGCUGGGGGUGGGGCUGAGGCCCCCCAUUCUCCCUGGGGUCGUGGGGCGCCUGGCUGGGGAAAGGGAGAGAGGGAGUCCAGGGAAGGGUUAAUGGAAGGGGGAGGAGCCUCGACAGAGACCCCUCCCCUUCCAGCACCCCUGACCCCCCCAUCACCCAGCCUCCCUGCUGAGGGUGUUGGCUGUCCCAGAUCAUCUGCAUUCAGUACGACUCAUCUCCGUACUUUGGAUUGUCCUGAAUACCACCAAUUAUAGCCUAGCGGAAACCCAAAAGUCCUGCUAGGAUGCAUCUUGGCUUCCCUGCAGAUGAAACUGAGUGUGUGAGGAUUGAUAAUAUUUUCAUUUAUCCGUUUUAGACCCCUAAGUAGUAGCAGUUGCCAGGACAUUGUCCUGUUCCCCUCUGUAUAGUUCCAGCCUUAUUUCAGAUGUUGUGGUAGAUUGCAAUCAGGGUGAAUUUGAUAUAAAUCAAAUUGAUUUCAAUCACAAUUUACAAUAAAUCACUAGUCAGUAUGAUUCUAUUUAAAUCAAAAAUUUCUGAUUUGGUUACACUAUUAGAAAUACAUAGACAGAUAAUUAUGAAAUCAUUCUGAGGUUUAAUAAGUUAACUGUCUAUAUUUGGACAACAUUUCUGCUGUAAUUUAUUGGAAGGAGAAAAACAAUCAUUUCCUUAAUUACAACUUAAACAAUUUAUUUAACUAAAACAAUAAUAUUAUAACAUGUUGGUAAAAAUAUUUUUUUUAUAUCAAAAACAACAACCAAGCAGACUGAGUUUUAGCGCACAAGAAAAACUCGGAACUUAAGCAUUUCACCAUCUCCACUACCAGCCACCCCUUUGGAUUGGCUUCUGCAUUCAGGUGCCUAUUCUGUACAGUUAAGUGUUAGUGCGAUUGUUGGAACCCAGUGGGAUUGGGAAGAGGUUGCCAGCCCUGAAGAGCCUUCAGCGCUUGCCUCAAGUCUGACUUGCACAAUUAUUACACAAAGACCCCAAGAUGUGUGGAGUAUUCUGCUCACAAGGUUGCACUUUCAUUUUUACUGCUUCACACUUAGCUACUUGUGCAGAUCUCUUCCACUGCAAACCAUCUGUUCAUUGAACCUCUUGGAACUUAGAAUUUAAGGGGUUGAUUCUGUAUAUAUAAAUCUGCAAAGGAACAAUGGGAUUAAGGUUUUCCCUCAACGCUGUAUGUUUAUUUUAUAACAUUUUUUCUGUGAAGAAAAGGCAUGUUAUCUCUGCAGAUACAGAAAUUCACACUUUUGAGAAUGGCAAAAACAAGCAUCUGUGACAAUAUCUUUUCAUUAGAAAAACUUCCCCAAAUAAUCUUACAGAAUUACCCCACCUCCCGCAGGAGCCGCACGCUCCUUAAAGGGUGCCCAGCUCCUGUGGGCUUUUGCGGGAGGUGGGGAAUACUCCCAGAGCUUGUCAGGGCUGGUGGGGGAAGCCCGGGAUGAAGGCUCGCUGCUGCCCUGCGGAGGCUUCGCGGGCUACCCCAGAAGCCAGAACAGCUAGAGAGAGCGCUGCGCAGCGCUCCCUCUAGCUGUUUUAGCUUCUACCUUAGUGGCGCAACGCCUCCGCAGGGCACCGGGGAGCUCUGCUCAGCACUCCCUUUAAAUAAUAUUUUUUUCUUGAAUUCCCCCUCUAGAAACUAGGUGCGCCUUAUGAUCAGGUGUGCCUUAUGGAGCGAAAAAUACGGUAGGUAGGAGAAAAUAACAGAGGCCAACCAGUGUAUAUGGCGAAGCAAAGCGGCUAGUAAGCCUGAUCUUUAUUGCAACAGUGCCCCCCCCUCUCACCGCAACCAGCAGGGAGGUGUGCAAGGCCUUAUAUAGUCUUUUGAAAUUGCCCACCCAAGACCACCACCCCAAGUAUCAUACAGAAGGAGACUGUCUACAGCAGGAAUAGAUCGCAGGAGGUGGUCUACAGCAGAAAACCUGUCCUCAAGGAUACCUGUUAAUGGUCACUAACUGCAUUACCUGGGCAGCCUGGCCAUUCUUUUGUGAUGGUAAAUACUUUAGUUCCUGAAUCCAGGUCACAGGCUCACCCUGUUCAUCCCUCCUUAAGACAGUAUUUGUAAGCACAAAGACAAUGGGAAGGCUUCCAUUUGCCUCCCUUACUGCAGAGGAAUAUUUGAGUACGUUUCUGAGCACAAUUCAAAGUGUUGGUGCUGACCUUUCAAGCCCUAAACGGCCUCAGUCCUGUAUACCUGAAGGAGCGUCUCCACCUCCAUCGUUCAACCUGGACACUGAGAUCCAGCGCCGAGGGCCUUCUGGCAGUUCCCUCAUUGCAAAAAGUGAGGUUACAGGGAACCAGACAGAAGGCCUUCUGGGUAGUGGCGCUUGCCCUGUGGAACGCCCUCCCAUCAGAUGUCAAGGAAUUAAGCAGCUAUCCCAUUUUUAAAAGACAUCUGAAGGCAGCCCUGUUUAGGGAAGUUCUUAAUAUUUAAUGCUGUAUUGUUUUUAACACUCGAUUGGGAGCCACCCAGAGUGGCUGGGGAAACUCAGCCAGAUGGGCAGGGUAUAAAUAAUACAUAUUAUUAUUAUUAUUAUUAUUAUUAUUAUUAUUAGUCUGUGGUGCUCAAUGUUUAGGUAUAGUAAAUAUUAGGAUUUAAUUAGAACUUGUGUGUUAUAGCGGGGAUAUGUUAUAAGAUGGUCUCAGUGUAUUUUAGAAAGGGAGUUAUGUAAAGGUUUUUUUGUGUUUGAUCCGUGUUUCUGUGUAAAUACUGUGUGUCAGACUGAGAAUGUCAUCAGGAAGGUAUAGGAAAGGGUGCACCUGCUUCUGAGCAUCAGAAAUGAGCAUGGAAAGAGUUAAUAUCAUUAACCUACCGGAAUCGGCCCCCUCCCUUUGUAACAAGCAGCUGUAGGUCUUUUGGGAUUUAAUAUCAGCUCAUGAAAAGUGGGGCACAUGACCCGGAAAGCUGCCUGGCUCCCUCCGUCUGAAGGCGGAGAUAUGCACCACACGCCAUAGCCGAAUUCGGCUGGACUUGCCAUGGGAAAGCAGAAGGGGCAACCAAGGAAGGGGGAGACGGCCAAAGAAACCUGCUCUCACACAAGUGCCCCCCCCUGCCAAUUCCGUAACCUUAGCAAAGCCCAAGUUCAAACACCACCCCUAUUUAAAAGAGGCCCCCGUAAGGACGACACUGGACUGCCCUUUACGGUUGCCGUAAGUUACUCUUCCAAGUCCCAAAAGCGCGUAGCAACUCCGGUCUAUUUUGCAGGGCUGUUGUAAUGGGGACCCCCUAUGCCACCGCCCAGGGCAGCCCAAAGUGAUGUAUUACCAAUCGUUGUUGUUGUUGUUGUGUUCCACUGUGAGACUCCAAGGUCUUCUGUGUCAUAUUUCCUGUGCAGUGGACGCUCAGGUUGUGAACGGGAUCCGUGCGGGAGGCACAUUCACAAACUACAGUGCUGCGUCUGCGCAUGUGUGGGUUGUGAUUUGGUGAUUCUGCACACGCACAAAGCGUGAUUUAGUGGUUCUGCACAUGUGCGAGCGCUGAAACCCGGAAAUAACCCGCAACCCGAAAACGCACAACUCGAAGCAUCUGUAACCCGAGGUAUGACUAUUUUGGAAGGCAGCGAGAAGGCUGUUCUCAGGGCCUGCUCCACCAUCAGGGAGACUGAGGCAGCCCCCUCAGGCAGGAGGUGCAGGGAGGGGCAAGGAGGGGACGGAGCUGAGUCCCAUUUGGCCAGCCCUGAUUUAACCCUCUAUCCCAGGCAUAGGCACCCUAAGGCCCAUGGGCUGGAAGUUUGGAAAAACUUUAAAAAGUAUAAGAACUCACAUUAUGUAGUCAAAAAAUAGUAAUUGAAACAGUGGUACCUUGGGUUAAGUACUUAAUUUGUUCUGGAAGUCCGUUCUUAACCUGAAACUGUUGUUAACCAGAAGCAAAACUUAGGUAAUGGGGCCUCCUGCUGCCGCUGCGCCGACAAAGCACGAUUUCUGUUCUCAUCCUGAAGCAAAGUUCUUAACCUUAAGCACUAAUUCUGGGUUAGCGGAGUUGGUAACCUGAAGCGUAUGUAACCCGAGGUACCACUGUAUAAGAACUCACAUUAGGUAGUCACAAAAUAGUAAUUGAAACAAAAUGCUUAUAAACAAUAAGAUAAUUAACAUUUAGCUCCUGUUACACAUUAUAUCCACAUAAGUCAAUAGAAAAAGCAUAAAGAGAUGAUGUUCAAGAUGUGCCCUUUGGGAAAUUAUAAAUUCUACUAUUAUCAUUAUUAUUAUUAUUAUUAUUAUUAUUAUUAUUACAUUCAGGUGGACACACCACUGAUUUCAUCUCCUUUCUUUUCUUUCCCACAAUCAGUGUUACUCACCUUUAAUACUCACCUUUUUCAGUGUCACACAUAUUUUUAUCUUGUGAUCUUCAUAUGAAGAGACGUAUACAAAUUUAAUAAAUAAUUCCCAGUUGGAGCAGAGCUAGAAUAUCCAGAAGCCCUUGGCCACCCACGGCAAAGGAGGAAGAACAGUGAGAGAGGCCUGGACAGGGAAUCUCCGCUAAGAAAAGCCAGUGUCAGGAGGCGGGUGUGAGACCUGGCGGCAUAUAAUUAUUAUAAAUCAUAAUUGGGGUGGGUGUCUCAAUCUGGCCUUCCCAGCAGUCAGGCUCCAGCUGCUUUCCUUCUGCAUCUCCAGCUCUCUCCAUUAAAUAAUGCAAGGCUGAGAGAUGGAGGUCCAGCCCCAAGAACAUUCUCCAACUGAGCACUCCUUCAACCGACCACAAGCACCAAGUCUUGUCACUAGACUUAUAUAUGGGUCUCCAGAAAUGGUCACUAUGCACCUCCUGAGGCCAAAGGGACUGUGCAGGUGAUGAAUAAAGAUCUAGAGGUUGAAGGGGACAAAAUGUGGCCCAAGGGGGGGAGGAUUAUAGUGCAGCGGAUGAAGAACUUCAUGAUGAACUUAGGACCCUGAUGAAUCUUGGCCAAGUUCAUGGAACAUAGAGCAGCUCCCUUUCCUGUGAGAAACCACUUUUUAUAAAACGUAAAGCCCCACGGUUCAACCGUAUUCUAAGAUAAUGCUGCUUCAUUAACAAUAAUUAAGGGCUAUAAAAGGCUGAUGAUGCAUGACCAUUAUUUUAAAUUAUUUCAUUUGCCUUUCCUAAACAUUUGGAACAUAUGGAGGACAGGAGAGAUUGUACAAGACGUUAAAAUAAGAGCAGGUGUUAAUUGAUGUGUGUAAUAUUUCUUGAUGUGUGUUUUCUCUUCCUAGAAAACAAAUAGGAUUUUCUCCCCACCCCAUUGAAAGAAGACAAUGGAGAAGGCAAUCAGAAUUCUGGUGGGCCAUGUCCAAUGGGAAUAACAAAGAAACCAUUUAAAUACAUGGAGUGUGAAAACAGAGAACAUAAACAAUUUGAAAGUAUGGAGUGUGGAAGGAGCUUCACUGACAAUGGAAACCUUAGAAAACAUCAGUGGUCUCACUCAGGGGAGAAACCAUUUAAUUGCAUGGAGUGUGGAAAGAGCUUCACUACUAGCGGAAGCCUUAGAAUUCAUCUACGGACUCACACGGGGGAGAAACCAUUUAAAUGUAUGGAGUGUGGAAAGAGCUUCACUAUUAGCGGAAGCCUUAGAAUUCAUCAACGGACUCACACAGGGGAGAAACCAUUUAAAUGUAUGGAGUGUGGAAAGAGCUACAGUCAGAGUGGAGACCUUAGAAUUCAUCUACGGACUCACACAGGGGAUAAAUCAUUUAAUUGCAUGGAGUGUGGAAAGAGCUUCACUACUAGCAGAAGCCUUAGAAUUCAUCUACGGGCUCUCACGGGGGAGAAACCAUUUAAUUGCAUGGAGUGUGGAAAGAGCUUCACUACUAGCAAAAGCCUUAGAAUUCAUCUACGGACUCACACAGGGGAGAAACCAUUUAAUUGCAUGGAGUGUGGAAAGAGCUUCACUACUAGCAGAAGCCUUAGAAUUCAUCUACGGACUCACACGGGGGAGAAACCAUUUAAAUGUAUGGAGUGUGGAAAGAGCUUCACUAUUAGCGGAAGCCUUAGAAUUCAUCAACGGACUCACACAGGGGAGAAAUCAUUUAAAUGCAUGGAGUGUGGAAAGAGCUUCAGUCAAAGUGGACAACUUAGAGUUCAUCAACGGACUCACACAGGGGAGAAACCAUUUAAAUGCAUGGAAUGUGGAAAGAGCUUCACUGAGAGUGGAACACUUAGAAACCAUCAACGGAGUCACACAGGAGAGCAACCAUUUAAAUGUAUGGAGUGUGGAAAGAGCUUCAGUCACACUGGACACCUUAGAAUUCAUCAACGGAGUCACACAGGGGAGAAACCAUUUAAAUGCAUGGAGUGUGGAAAGAGAUUCACUGACAGUGGAACACUUAGAAUUCAUCAACGGAGUCACACAGGAGAGCAACCAUUUAAAUGUAUGGAGUGUGGAAAGAGCUUCAGUCAAAGUGGGCAACUUAGAAGACAUCAACGGACUCACACAGGGGAGAAACCAUUUAAAUGCAUGGAAUGUGGAAUGAGCUUCACUGAGAGUGGAACACUUAGAAACCAUCAACGGACUCACACAGGGGAGAAACCGUUUCAAUGCAUGGAGUGUGGAAGGAGCUUCAGUAAGAGUGGACACCUUAGAAGACAUCAACGGACUCACACAGGGGAGAAACCAUUUAAAUGUAUGGAGUGUGGAAAGAGCUAUACUACUAGUGGAAGCCUCAGAAUUCAUCUACGGACUCACACGGGGGAGAAACCAUUUAAAUGCAUGGAGUGUGGAAAGAGCUUCAGUCAGAGUGGAGACCUUAGAAGACAUCAACGGACUCACACAGGCGAGAAACCAUUUAAAUGCAUGGAGUGUGGAAAGAUCUUCACUGACAGUGGAAGACUAACACUACAUCAACGGAGUCACACAGGGGAGAAAUCAUUUAAAUGUAUGGAGUGUGGAAAGAGCUUCAGUCGAAGUGGAGUUCUUACAAAACAUCAACAAACUCAUACAGUGGAGCAACAAUAUAAGUCCUAGGGAAGUGGACAGAGGUUCAGUUGUAGUGGAAGUCUUACAAACCAUCAAAAGACUCCGAGGGGUAAGAGCUGUAAUAGUGGAAACACCUUCAGGCCAUCAAUUAACUCAAAGAAGAGAAAGGAUUUAGAUAGAAGGAGCGUUCAUCCUGCUUUGGUUAUUAUGCAACACUUUUUAGAGUGUAGGACCUGUUUUUCUCCAAGUUGACACUUUCUUUUUUUUUAAUAGCUUUUAUUUUGCUUAAACAGGUACAUAUAAAUAUAAACAGCCAAAAAUUACAAAGGAAAAUUCCUUAAUAGUAAUGAAAAAAACUACAAAAACUACAAAAAAUAUUGAAGUACAUGACACAGAACAUAAGCAACUAUGGG